CCUGACUUUACAUGACGAUAUUGCAAAAAAUCACUGAAUAUUUACUUUUACAAAUAUAGUUCUUUGCUGACAAUGUUCGUGGGGUAGGCCUAAUAUGUCAAGGAAAACCAUUAGAGGAAGUAUUUGAACAGUUCACUUUUUCGUGACCUUUGAACAUUGGUAACAGUGUCGCUGUACCUCCAUAGACAUGCACAAGUACAUCAAGUAUGCGUACGUGUACAUAUUUACUUCCAAAUGACGUCAUGUACUUUAUUGUAAGGCGCUUUGCUUUCACGAGCACUGCAGAACGACGACGGCUCUUCGUCAAAGUGAAAAUGGCAAAGUUCGACGACGUUUGCCGUGCAUUCCAUGGAAAUAAAAUUCAAAGUAAAGAUGGCUGCUCGCUUGGCGACAGCGAGUUGGCUGCAUCAAAUACCGCCUCGUUUCCAAAACACCGAGAGGAAGAAGUGUCCAAAAAGAUGAAUCCGUCCCAAAAGGAGAUCCAGGGACCUAGAAAGAGGAUGGCCAAGGAUGCGGUUGCUAAGCAACAGUUGCUUGAGCAGCAUCGGGGCUCCAGGGAAAUGAGAGAGAUCAUUGUAGAAACUGUGACCUUCACAGCAGGUUCAGAGUUUGACAGAAGGAAUCCAGAAAAUCCAGAAAAAGCUGAUGUGAAGGACCAAGACAACUCACUGUCAACUGUGGAAGGUAUCCAAGAUGCCCCCAGCAUGCCAGCAGAUCCCAACCCAGACGACCCUCGCAAGUUGAAAGCUGAGCCCAAGGCUGAGCCCAAGACUCAAGUGGAAGGCAACUCAACUAAAGAUUUGUCAGGUGGUAAACCAGCCGGGCACAAAAACAAGAAAUCCAAAAAAAUGCCCAGUAACGUCGAUGCGGCCAAGAGGGCAUCAAUGCCCGAGUCAUCUUUCCAGAGCAGAGACGGACAGAAAGAUUCUUCAUCCGAACGAUCGGGUCAAAAGACACAGAGAGAGGAGGAACUUAAAUCUGACAUUCCCUUGAGUGAUCCCACUUCUGCCACCAGAAGCUAUGCCUCUGCUGUGUCUGGAAGCCCCCUUGCUGAGAUGGUAGAGACCAAAGAUGAACACGGCGUCUUGCCCGCUGACAGCAGUGUCUCAGUUGGAGGCAGUGCCCAGGAUGGCAAGCAUGCCUCUAAGAGCCCACUGUCUAAACACCAGAACGUGAUCCCAUUUUUCUCUGGGAAUCCAAGCGUGGAAAUAACGAAAGGAAUUCUCCAUCUCUUCAAGGAAAACGAGAUGACUCCACUGGAUGAAGGUGUGACCCGAAGCGAGAUGCUCUGCAUGUUGGCAGUUCCUGCGACAAUGACCUGCCACGACCUCCUUCAACUGGCCGCCCCUCUCAGCCAGGGCAUCCAACUGAUGCGGGUGAUCCGGGACACCACGCCCAAUCAGUACAUGGUCCUCAUCAAAUUCAAGCAACAGAAAGAUGCCGAUGAGUUUUACUCAGAGUUCAACGGCAAACCUUUCAAUUCCAUUGAGAGCAGCAUCUGUUACUUGGUCUACGUGUCCAGGGUCGAAUGCAUGAAAGCCUCAGAGGGUGCGACUCUACCGGUUCCGGGAUUGACGGAGCUGCCCACCUGCCAUAUCUGCCUGGAGCGCAUGGAUGAAUCGGUGGACGGGAUCCUGACCAUACUGUGCAAUCAUUCCUUCCAUGGGAACUGCUUGGACAAAUGGGGUGACACAAGUUGUCCCGUAUGUCGUUACUGUCAGACACCAGAGGCAGUCGAGGACCACAAAUGCUUCACCUGUGGGGCACAGGAGAGUCUAUGGAUAUGCCUGAUCUGUGGCCAUGUUGGCUGUGGACGAUACUCCAACCGCCAUUCCUACACCCAUUUCGAGGAGACUCAGCAUACGUACGCCAUGCAGCUGGGCAAUCAGAGAGUGUGGGACUACGCUGGAGAUAACUACGUCCAUCGGCUAGUCCAGAGCAAAGGCGACGGUAAACCCAUCGAGUGGGACAGGCAGGACACGGAGACAGCCCACACAGAGAAGCUGGACUCGCUUCAACUUGAGUAUUCCUACCUAUUGACAAGCCAGUUAGAGUCACAGAGAAUCUACUUUGAGGAGCAGAUGGCUCGCAUCGAACAAGAUGCUCUGAACAGAAUGUCAGAAGUGGAGGCCCGCUCUCGGAAGACAGUCGAAGAGAGAGACAAGAUGGAGCAGUGCCUGCAGACUGCGGUCAAGGAGAAGACAGGACUGGAGAGGAAAUGCUCUCAGCUCAGCAGCCGACUCAGUAAGAUAACCGCCGAGCUCAAGGAGGAAAAAGAGAUGAAUCGAUGCUUGAGGGACAAUCAACAACUUUGGCAGACCAAAGUAAUGGAGCUAGAAAAGAAAUGCAACGAAGACAGUAAACAAAAGCAAGGGGAAAUUGAUGACCUGAAGGAGCAACUGCGAGACUUGAUGUUCUACCUGGAUGCCCAGCAGAAGAUCGGCAGCACCUCAGAAGACACCCGGCAGGAAAUCCAAGACGGGCAGAUCGUGAUUGGUGCGGCGGCCGCGUCCUCGUCGACGUCGUCGCGCAAAGGCCGGAAAAAGGGACGGUGAUGUGGCUCAGGUUACAUGUGCAAGAGGGUCUUUCAGUGUGAUCAGCUGGUGAGGAUGGUUAAGUGGAUCUUGCAGAGUAAAAAUAAGCCUGAAAAACUCAUCGUUCAAGAGUAAGUGCUUUAACCGAGGAUGGCUGUUUCCUGUUUGUCGGGAUGCAUUCAACCCAAGUCCUCCAAAAAGGUGCUUUGUGCGUGCUCAGAUGUCUGUAGAAGGUGCUGUGUAUAAAUUGCAGCUGUCUACAGAGGGCGCUGUGUACAAAUGGAGCUGCCUGCAGAGAGCAGUAUGUACAAGCUGACCUGUCUAUAAAGAGUGCUUUGUGCAGUUGCUGCCGUCUACUGAGGGCGCUUUGUACAAAUGCUGGGCAAAUUAGAGUGACACCACUAGUUAUAAUUAUAGUGCAACUAACACUGCCAGUGAUGGAUUGUAUGGACCGACUAGUCGACUGCUGGUUGUCAGUGGCCAAAGAUUUUGAUACAUCAAUGUGGAGGGAACCAUUCUCAUGAAAAGAAUGAAAUAAUUAUGCACAAAUGUGCUUGCCUACAGAGGGCGCGGUGUACUAUCAGCUGAUAUCUGCAGAGGGCACUGUGCACUCAUCAUGAGGCUUAGAGCUGUUUAUACGGUCAUUUGCAAAGGUUCAGGACCACCCACAGAAAAUGCAUCAACCUGAAGAAAAACCAAACUUAAACCAGUCAAUCAUGGCAACUUGUGUUUAUUUUUAAUGUGUAACCUAAUUGUAUCUUGGUUAAAUAGCAAUUUGAUUACUUGUCCAUGAUUUGACUUGUUAACUGGCUAAUAUUUAGGUUGCCCUCGGUUAUUUUUGAUUACUUAGACUGGCUUGUUUGCCCAUGCUGCCUUACAGACAAAAUGUAUAUAUGUAGACCUGCCUUUGCAACAAAAUUCACGCAAAUGGGCUCAUAGUUCGACUCUGAUGUUAUCACUACUGUAAGAAAUAUCUUAUGUAACCAUUCAAUGAAACAAGGUAAUGCAUCCCCAGUGACAGAAAUACCAACAAAACUCCCGGUGGUCUUAAACUUUUGCAGAUGACUGUAGAGAGAGUAGCGACAUAAGUGUCUCAAUCAUUAGAACCAAAAUGGUGGAUUAUUAGCACACAAUGGCUGCAUGCUGUGCUGUAUAGAUAAUGAACAGCCAUUUUGGUUCCAAAGUCUGAAGUUGGCUCUACUGUCUCUAUAUACAGCUCUGAUGCAGCUGGUGUCGGUAGACCAUGGACGUCCUAUUAAAAAAUUUGGACUUGCAGUGCCAUAGUACCGAUUGAAGCCACUGGCGGCCAUUUUACCAUACCAAAUACAAAAGUGAUGGUUGGCAAACUUACCACUGUAACUGUUGAAGAAACAAACGAAUUUAGUUAACAAUAACAAUAAACAUUUGUAUUACUUUUGUAUUCGGCACAGUAAGAUUGCCGCUAGGGACUUAAGUGACCUGUGCAUGCUUGGUAAGAUUUGAAACUUUGCAUGGUGGCGGCUAGACUUGGAGAAGGUGUGCGAGUACACCACGUGAAACUGAUUUCUUCUAUAAAACUAGUGGUUCUGAGAAGAACCGGUGAGUGUAAACUUGAGAUUUCGACCAGCAUACUCCGGUCAUCCUCAAGAGAGAUGCCAGACUGGAGUGGAGCACUGAGUUACAAGAUGUGAUAUCAGAGAUGUGUGGUAGAGAAUGUUACUGGAGAAUUGGCUUGUGGUUUAUAAUGGAGCACAAGUGGGUGGAUGCUGCAUCCUUGUUGCUGGAGCGUGAAGUGACUGACUUAAUUGGGUCGCUGGUUACUGGGGCAAUGAAGGGGGUGGAUGCUGUAUGUCUGCUGCGCUGGAGACGGCGUUGAUGCGGUGGGGUUAGGGUGGUGGCUUUGGGUAUAGGUGAGAGAGCUGGACAGCUGUGUGGACUUCAGAUAUAGAGGACCCUAACGUCUGUUGGCUUAGGGGCUUUAGUGGUGCCGUGGCUUGUAGGAAUGGUCACCAGAUGUCGCUUAGCUGGCAACGGAUGUCUUGUGGGACAGUGUUGUGCCAGAAGAUCUUGAUGGCUUCUCAGAUUCUUCUGGGGAGCCAAUUCUUAUGGGGUAAUGAUCUACCCCGAGUCCCAGUUGAUAUUGUGGUCGGAGGCGUGUGCAUGCUUGACGAUGGCCGACCGAGGGUCGUAGUCUCCGUCACAGUCAUAAGCGCAGUGUUCCUUCAUCCUGGUGGGCAGGUUCCUUCCGGUUUUCCCGAGGUAGACCUUUCCACACUCACGGGUAUGCAGUACACACCUGGACGGUUACUGGCGUGCUCUUUGUCCUUGUGGGUAUAGAGGAUGGACUUGGGAUUGUUCGGAGCAGAGUGGAAACUUUGGAUGUUUGCUGACUGUAGAAUACGUUGGAGCUGGUGAGAGACUGUGCCUAAGCAACGGAGACAGACUAUGGCAUUGGGCUCACAUGGCGUUACCUAUAAGCCGUCUCUUACUCUGCGUGCUGCAGAGAGCUGCUUUAGUACCCAACGCCCUUGUGUAUAUAAUGCAGCAAUCCAUGGAGGCUCUCAGUACAAAUGCUUGUAUGCCAGUGCUUGCUGAAGCAUUAACUGAUUCGGUAGUGGACAGCAUCUUGUAAUUUUAUGGUGGACCAAAAAAGUGGACACAAAAUUUAAUUCACUGCAAAUGGUGUGCCUCGUUCUAGAGUGCUUCGUGGAAUGGAUAUUCAACCCAUCACCUCAUAAUAUUCUGUUGUUGUACUCAGCUCGCAAACUGGUGACAACAUACAUCGAUCAGGCUGAAAAUAAAAUCGUGAAGUACAGAGAUACAUGUGCACACACAAAAAAUCCAUUUCCUGUUACAGGGGUAGCAACAUCUCACUAUCCCAGAGUGUACUCGAAAUUGUUGAAAUAAAUUUUCACAAUUCUGCGAAUGAAACUACGCGUAAGGAUUCCUCAAAUGUUUCUGGGGCACGGUAGCCCGAAAACCCGAAGAAGCCUUUAGGGAGGAGACAUUGAGAAACAGUUACAACUUUAGAGAUAGGAGAAAAACCCCAAGAAAAGAAAAGGAAAAAAACACGUGGACUAGACCGGAGUUCGAACCCGUCUCCCCAGCGAGGCUAAUCUGCCUCAGUGGCGAUAGCUUGUUUCUGACGGGGAACCUGAAUGACUCUUAUCCAGCAGAAUGUACACGUACAUUUUCCAUUUGUUACUUGAGGAAAAGGCUUACUUCUUUGGGCUUGUCGGGGGGGGGGUAAGGGUGAGCAAAACUGCCCAGCUUCAAGGAAUGCCAGUCUCUCACCGAAGAAUCUAGGUUCAUUCAAAUAUGGGAACAUGAAGGACAGAGGCUCUACAUGGCUGUACGUGUUCCCGUUGUAUUCCUACAUUUUAACCCGGCAUUUAGGGCCGGGCCUCCCACUUAACUCCACUGCAGAUGAUCAGGCAUUGAUUCUGAAAGGUUUGGGCAGAAUGAACCAACAUAUGACCCCGCAUUCAAAGAUUUGAGGAUGAAUAAUGCUUCGUGAUGUGCGUUGUUGCCCAAAAAGGACCUAGAUCAGUGCAAUUAACUGAGACGUUCCUAAGAUGUAUAGGAGCGGUUAAUUGGAGUUGUGAAUGUGAUAAGCGUCGUUGCCCUAUUUUGUUGAGCAUUCAACGGUUUGCCAAGCUGUGGAAAGUCCGCUUUGCGGUGCUCUCCAGGUGACAUCACUGAUCUCUCUACACUGGAUAGCCAGCUCUGCUCUGUGAAUUGAAGCGACUGCUCGGCCACCUCAGUCUAUUCACUACAAUGGUAUUUUGCAAGUCACCAGCCUUAGCGCUGUGCAGGAAUGCAAUUUUUAAUGCACUGAAGUUGAAAGCCAUUGUAUUGAAUAGCCUAAGAUGGCCGCUGUCACUUCAAUUCACACAUAGGCGGUUACUGCUGAGCUGCUUAUCCAGCCUAUAGUGUAAUUCUACCACCAGAAUUAGAAGCCAUUACUGCGGUGGUACAACGCUCGUGGACAGGUGGUACGCGCGCGUUACAUACAUCUUCGACCAGUAGGGUGUCGUGAUUUGCCACAUGCACGCGUGCGUCAAGCUGAAGAAUGUGCGUAUGAGUGCAGUACCACCGCAGUUAAGGCGUCUGGUCGGAUUAGCGUAUAGAGAUCAGUGGGUGACUUGGUCGUAUUGCACGAUUUUUUUUUAAAAUUGCGCACUCCUAGUAGAGUUGUGGAAUUCUACACCAUCUUUCUAGUCAUUGACUUGACUCAAGUCUGUGGCUUUCGAUGUGAAUACUUUGAUCAGCGAAAUACCAAACCGUACACAAGCGGCAACCUUCUUGCCAUGCGAUGUGGGGUUCAAGAUUUGGAUACUGUAUGGCAACGCGUGUGCGCACCCCAAGAGCUGAACUGCUCGUAUCAUUGUCACAGUGUGACGCAAAAUGGUUUGUGUGUUAGAACGUUCCGUUUACCAUCGUGCAUUCAACACGUGACUUGAUCCCCCGAUAAUCAUGUUUCAAGGGAAAGUCCAAUAUGCCUAACAUACCAGUCUUUCACAUGCUGAAAUAUAAUUCAACCAGUUUGACGUCAUCGAUAGGCUUAAUGGAUAUUAAGACAGUGCUUGUCUGUCUUACUGGAUUAACUGUUUUGAUUCAAAAUACAGAUCUAGUUAAUUUUAUUAUUUGGUCAGGUUUGAUUACGUCGAAUAAUACAGGAUCAAUCACGCUUGUAACUUUCUGGUGAUGUAUUGAUACAAAAACACAAAAGAAAUGUUUAGCCUUUCGUCUUAGCCUUUAACUGUACUGUAAUAUUCUGAUACGUGUAAAAGAUGUGACUGUGGAACACUAAUUAUGCGAUAUUUAAAGAUGUAUAAAAUAUCGAAGCUUUAAUACUGAAGGAAUGCCAAGAGAAAUACACCUGAGCAUCUAAUGAAA